AUAAUCAAUAGUUGCGAUUAUACAUUCUAUAAAUAUCUGAGAUCACUCAAUAACUAUUUAAUUACCUAACUAACUUUGUUUAUUUACUUACCACUUCAACCUAUUUGUCUACCACAAGACAAAAAAAAAAUGGCCCUGAUCAGUGGUACCUCUACAUCAAUACAACCGGACUAUGACCGGAAAGCGGAGCUCAGGGCGUUCGAUGAAACCAAAACCGGCGUCAAAGGACUUGUUGAUGCCGGAAUAACCGAAGUCCCUAGAAUAUUCCAUCUACCUUCACCCGAAAACCUCAACUCCCAACAACCCGAGCUAACUCUUCCAACCAUCGACCUCCAAGGAAUCGAUAACAAUCCAAUACGACGAAAGGAGGUGAUCGAGCAAAUGAAGGAUGCGUUAGAGAGCUGGGGAUUCUUUCAGUUGGUGAAUCACGGAAUCCCGAAUAAUAUAUUGGAGGAGAUGAUAAAAGGAGUGAUGGAUUUUUAUGAGCAGGACACUGAGGUGAAGAAGCAGUGGUACACAAGAGAUAUGAGUGGGAAGACCAGGGUGAUCUAUAACAGCAACUUUGACCUGUAUGCUGCACCGGUGACUAACUGGCGAGACACCUUCUACUGCACCAUGGCUCCUAACCCACCCGAACCACACGAGUUGCCACCACCAUGCAGAGAUAUUUUGUUAAAGUACUCGGAACAAGUGAUGAAACUCGGGGUUUCUUUAUUGGAGCUAAUGGCUGAGGCGCUUGGGCUCAACCCCAAUCACCUUUUGGACAUGGGAUGUGCUGACGGGCUUGCUGUUCUUGGUCAUUACUAUCCUACUUGCCCACAACCUGAAUUAACAAUAGGCGCAUCAAACCACACUGACAACAGUUUUAUCACGAUUCUUCUGCAAGAUCAUAUGGGAGGCCUCAAGGUCUUUUACCAAAAUCAAUGGACUCAUGUUCCUCCUAUACCAGGAGUUGUUGUGGUCAAUGCUGGAGAUUUUUUGCAGUUGAUUACAAACGACAAGUUUGUGAGUUCGCAACACAAAGUGGUGGCUAACAAGGUUGGGCCAAGAGUAUCUAUAGCAUCAUUCUUUACCACAGGUAAUAUUCAAACAGAAAAAGUGUACGGACCGAUCACCGAGUUGCUUUCAAAUGAUAAUCCAGCCAAAUACAGAGGCACAACACUGAAAGAAUAUGUAGAUUACUAUAAUGCAAAGGGGCUUGAUAACACUUCUGCCCUUUUGCAUUUCAAAAUCUAAUUCGUUUGGAAGGCGAUAUGGGAAUCAUCUCCAUGAAUAAAAAGCUAUUAUUUUCAUGUUGAUUGUAUGGUACCUUGAACCAUGUUUUUACUAUUUUGUAUGUCGUGUGUAUUAUCAUCGCACCCUCCACUGCUCCACAAAUGUAAUGUCGAAUACUGAAUAAAGUAUCAAUACGUGGGUUAUUUAAACUUCAUAAUCCUGCUAA